AUGAGAGAACUGCACUUAAACGAGCGGUAUGCAUGCAACAAGUGUCCAUUUAAAACUAGAUGUAAAAAACCGUUAACAAAACACAUAAAAGAAAACCACUCGGAUGGACAAUGGUAUGAAUGUGAACAUUGUCCGUUCAGAACAAAGUAUAAAACAUCUUUAGUGUCCCACCUACGUAUGAAACACUUAAAUGACGAGAAAAUUAAGUGGUACGAAUGCGAAAAGUGCCCAUACAAAGUCAAACAAAAAUCUUAUUUGAAAAAACACAUCAUUUCCAUCCACUUGAACGAAGAAGAGCUUAAAUGGUACGAAUGCAAAGAGUGUCCAUAUAAAGGUAAAUUUGAAACGUCUUUAAGAAAGCACGUCAAUCGAAUCCAUCGAAACCAACAAGACGGGAAAUGGCACAAGUGUGAAAAGUGCGCGUUCAAAACCAGGCUCAAAUCGAAUUUAGAAAAACACAUUAAUUGCUUUCAUUUGAAUGAGAAAGUCGUUAAGAGGCACGAAUGUAACGAGUGUCCUUUCAGAAGUAUGCAUAAACUGUUUUUGGAGAGGCACAUGACUGCAGUACAUGGAAUCGAAUUGUUAUAA